AAUUAGUUUGGGAUUUUUAUCAUUUGAUGUCGGAUGUGCGAACGGGUGGUCGGACCAUGGUCUGAGUGUACAAUGCUGUGUGUUUUAGUGCUGUGUUUGUGCCUAGCCAGUGCUGCCAAUGGGAUUGGAAAUUCGCUGAAAGACCCAUAUAUCUGCGGUUCGCCAUCAUGUGCAGCUUCGGAGAAAUUCAAAUACUUACCAGAAAUUAUUUACCAUUAUGAGUAUAAAGUAAAUGUAGAGACAUACUUUGCUGGCUCCAGUGACAAUAGAUCUACACUAGACAUCCGGACAGAGGCAACCAUCCAAUUCAUCAAACCCUGUGAAGGUCUACUGCAGCUGUCAGACGUGACCCUCGUAGACCAGGAUGAGAGCUUCCCAGUCGAGAGAGCUGAAAAGUUCAUACAUGCCCUCUCGCUCUAUGACCUUCGGUUCGCGUUCCAUGAUGGCGUCAUAUCAGAAGUAUGCCCCGACCCGACGGAGGAAGAAUGGGUUCUCAACUUCAAGAGAGCCAUACUCUCCAUGCUCCAAAACUCCAUGAAGCGGUUUGACAUCAACUUUGUGGGGGUUGAGCAAGACAUCCACGGGUCAUGCAAUGUGAACUACACAGUGCGAGGGCAGAAAGACACCAGUUUGGUCCUAGAGAAGCGACGAGACCUGUCCUUAUGUACAACGCGGUACAAGUACAUGUCUAUACUGCAGAGUGUACGCUACGAUUUCCAGAGUCGUUUCCAAACAUGGCCAGUACUAAAGUCCGAGAGCAAAUGCGUCGUGUCCGUCGACCAUCACAUCUACAAGUCGGUCAACUGCCGCGAGCGCCAUCUGUUCGAGCCCUUCUCGGGCAAGAACUCCGGCGCCAUGACGACGGUUAUACAAGAUCUGGUGCUGAUGAGAGAAGUCAACAAGACUGACUCGCAGAUCAUGGAAUCACAACCGAAAGGCUGGAUGGCGAUAGAGAGACGCUCCAACCUGCUUCAUCACCAUAACUCCCACGUGAAGACUGAAACUGGGGAGCUGAAGUCGGCUCGAGAAGUCCUGAAGUUAUUGUGCAACAUCAAAGACAGUACUGACGACUACGUCCCAGGAAUGACAAUGGACGAAAACCUGGACAGCGGUUCCACCGUCGGUUUGUGGGGGAAACUGGUUCGCGCGGCCCGAGGGCUACAUUAUCCUGCGCUUUCUCAGUUGUUGUCCAGAGCCCCUUCCAUCUGUCCUAAAGCCACAAAGCACAUGCUAGACGCCCUACCCUACAUAGCGAGCGCCGGUUCAGUAGAGCUCAUCAAGGAUAUGGUUAUUCGCGAAGCUGUUGAUGCCAACACCAGGCACGAGUGGCUCAUGUCCAUGGCUAUGAUACCGAGACCGAAAAAAGAGAUGUUAACCAGCAUGUUGGAACUGCUGAAGAAGCAGCCAGGGGACCAGGUCAUCAGCUUCACAGUUUCAUCCAUGGUCCACUCAUACUGCAAACAUAGCGGGAAAUCUCUACGGGAAUGCUGCGAAGAAGAGACGCCCAAGCUGAUAAUGGAAGAGUUCCAGAAUAUAGUCAAGGAGGUUGAAUCCAAGGACUUGGCUACCGCAAAGAGACCUGUCAAAAACAAAGUUAAAAUAGCGAUAAAGGCGUUAGGCAACAUCGGUGGCUUCAAGCAGGAAUUUAUAGACGUCCUUAUAAACAUAGUGGGAGACGAGUUGGUUCCUGUGCCUAUAAGAUUGGCGGCCGUUGACGCUUUCCGAAGGACGCCUUGUAUAGAAACACGCGAAUAUUUCUUAGAGACGUUCCGUGAAGAUUAUGUAAACAUUGAAGUGCGCAUAGCUUCUUACCUGCAAGUGAUGAAAUGCCCCACAUUGAGUAUUGUCAGGAAGAUCUACCAUGCCGUUAGAAACGAGAAGGUUAAUCAAGUUGCAACAUUCGUCUGGUCCCACCUCAACAACUUGGGCCAAUCGUCUCUCCCGUCUCGGGUGGAAAUCCAAGGCCUGCUCUCUGGCAACCCCAUGCCUCAAUUGGAAGAUCAGCCGGACUUUAGAAUGUUCUCACGGAAUUAUGAGCAGAGUGUGUUCUUCGACCAGUAUAAUGCAGGUGGAAACUACGAGGCGAACGUGAUCUUCUCACCAGACUCCUACAUACCACGUUCGGUGUCCCUCAACUUGACUGUCGACAUGUUUGGAGAAUCCAUCAAUAUUCUGGAGCUAAAAGCCCGCGCUGAAGGCUUCGAGCGCUACUUCGAAAACCUCUUCGGCAACAACGGCCCGCUCAGCAAAACCAAGCUCAACGACCACCUCCAGAACUUACGCUUCCUGCGUUCCCUUACCGAAGCCGACGAUGUCCGAGGGAAGGUCGACGACAUCCCUUACAAAAACGAGGCGCUGAAACACCAGUUCCCGAUGGCAGAGUUGGGGGUUAAAGUUUUCGGGAAUGAGAUUUCGUAUUGGAAUGCUGAGGGGAACGAUGAGAUUUUGAAGAGCUUGGAAAGGCUCAAUCCGCAGUUGAGGAUACUGGAGAUAUUAUCAGGAAAGGAAAUAUCUUACAAUAAGGCGUCUCUCUUUUUGGACACAACAUUUUCCGUACCAACCGGGUGCGGUUUGCCUCUCAACAUGAACUUAAUGGGAACCAGUUACGUCAACACCAAACUAUCAGGCACAAUGCUGGAUAAGUUUAGACAGAGCGGCAACCUAGAUUUCGAGGGAAAGAUACAUCCCAGUGUCGCCGUAAAUAUAGCAGCAACAAUGUCAGUAAACGCCGGUGACCUAAGCUCAAGCGGCAUCCGCGUGAAUAUGCGUCUAUACACUGCUACGGCUGUCGAGGCGAAGCUCAACAUACGUGGACUUGGCUUGGUCAGGCUUGACCUGUCCCUGCCCAGUGAGAAGAGAGAAAUAUUCGCUGCCAAAUCUGAGCUUAUAAUUCUCCACGGCGACGAAGAGUUACAGCAACAGGGAUUGAACACCAACAAAAUAGAACAAAACACUUGCAGCUGGUCCGCCUUCGACAAGGGCAUUGGCAUUAAAGUCUGCGCCUCCUAUCGGUUCCCGGAUAUGACAGGCUUAAAAGACGCGCCUUACUUCAUAAUGAGUGGUCCAGCCAAGUACGUGUUGUCCCUUGAGAAAGCCGAUCCGUCCGCGAAGAUAUACUCCUUCCAAUAUAAGUGGGACAAGAACCAGACUAGUGACGUCAUCGCGUUCACCUUCGACACUCCAGACAGCCAGGAAAAACGCAUGAUCGACGCAGUCCUCAACCUAUCCAACACGGAAACCAAUACAUCCUACACAGCAAGCCUUACCUUCCAAUCCGCCAAAAACACCCUCAAAGCUAAAGGAGCUUACCUCAACACUGAAAACGUCAAGUCUGUUGAAGCGAGUUUAGUUAUAGAUGGCAGGAAACAUUUUGACACGGUGAUGGCUUUGAAGAAGACGGAUAUCAUGUUUGGAUAUGUGUGGUUACCGAAGGCGUAUUGGGUUGUCAAUGAUGAGAAAAUCGCUGAAUUAACUGGCCAAUUCAAAGUCCGCACUAAAGGCGGCGUCACACAAGCGGACAUCCUCGUGGACUUCCACAUGCGCCAGCAAGCGAGCCACCUCGUCGGCUAUUACACCAUCAACGGCCUCUCGCACGGACUCCAACUCACGCUAGACUAUCAGAGCUACAAGAAUAAAACACAGACGAUCAAGUUAGAGGGGUUGUAUAGUGAGAGACCUCUGGGCAAUAGACAUGAUUUGUACGGAGAGUUGGCGAUGGAGUUCACGGCUUAUCCUAUGUAUAACUUCUUUGCUGUGCUGAGGAAUAUGAAAUCGCAAUCGCACUUAGAUAUGAUUUUCAAUGUGUCUUCCUCAAGAGACCCGGCUAUAGACCCGUCCCUGAACUUCGGCUACACUCGUAUCGAUACGCCAAUCGGCAUGAAGUUAGCCACGCACCUCACUAUCACUAAGCCGCGACCUGUGCGAAUGAUAUUCGAGUACCAAGAGGUCGGCAAAAAAUACACAGUAACAGCCCUUCUAAACGUGAACCCGAAAUCAAAAGAUAUCCUCGUUUCGGGCGCUCUGUACUACCCGCCCGGAACAAAACUGUUCGCAACGGCCGAGUUGAAUACUUCUCUACCGACGCUACACGACUGCUCUAUCAAGGCCAAAGUGCAUGAGAAGGAAGAUAAGGAAUUCCAGGUGAACGCAGCAGGCAUCUGGUUUACGGGCGUGGAUUUCAACAUCGAUGCACUGUACCAGGACCAGUCGAAAACCAAUAUGGCGUCGCAUAGAUUAAAGCUGAUAUUGAAUAGUAACCACUUCAAGGAUAUAGCUGUUGAUGCACGGUUUACACAGGACAACCGGCAGCUUACUUUUGUUGGGCAGGGAGAGUACAAUGAAGAUAAAUACAGAAUGCUACUCCGCUACGUGCUUCUCUCGGAGCAAAACUUCACCACAUAUGUAGAGGUGGACGCGAAUGACAAAGCGUACAGUUUGACCCUCAACGCGGACCUUACUAACAAUACUGAUGUUUCUAUGGACGUACACUUUGACCAACUCCGCGAUGUACACAUUUCGUACAAGCGGUGGCUCACUCCUCGCCAAAAACGCCUCAGCGCUGCAUUCAACUGGGAUGCGAACCGCGACCCCUCGCAGAAAGUCUCCAUCGAUAUACAACUGGAUAAUAAGGGGACUUGGCACCACGGGGGAUAUCUUACUCUCUAUUACCCUAAUAGGAUGGUCAAUGGAGAGUUUGAAUUCUUAUUGAAAGAUUGGUUCUGCGAAUGGCACGUCCGUAUGGGCUGGGCGCCCGAUGCCAAUAUACUGUGGCGCGUCAAAAUGUAUUCCGAAGCCAAACAAGAGACAGUCUACGCGCUACUCUCUAGCAUGGACACCCCGUUCGCUGGAUGGAAGGACACUAGUUUCAACGUCAUGUGGCGUUACCACGACAACCUACAAGCCGUAAACGGAAGCAUGAACUGGAUGGAGGAUUACUUAGCUUUCAGUCUCCUAGCCGACUACUUAUUCAAAACCAACGAGUUCUACGGAGAACUCAAUGCUGUAGUCAACUCUACUAUACCUACGUUGCCCAAGGCAGCUGCUAUAGCGAAACAUAGGGUUGUAUGGAAGAAAAGUGCUGAUACGCUGCUAAGUUUCCAGUACAACGAAGAGGGUAUGCUGAUGAUAAACUCGUCGUGGCUGCUUGAUCGUGGGCUGCAUGAAAACAACAUAACCGGGACGGUCACCCUCAUCACACCCUUCCAAGGCUACAGAAGCGGGUUCCUAGACACAAGGCUCGUGUUGGGACACAAGAGAGACAUCAAUGGCGUCACUUUAUUGAACUUAGAGGAGAAAAAACGAAAGAUCUUCGUCAAUGGUCAUAUGCGGCGUAUCACCAACUGCAUGCUAGUAGUGAAUGUGACGGAACCAGCCGCUGCGGACGCCUCACAUAUACUAACGGCCAGAUUUGGCUUCGUGGAAGCCGAUAGACAUCUUGUAGCUAUGGUGGUCACCGCUAACACUACCACAGGUCUUGAAAUUCUAUUGCGAUUGAUAUCUACGCAAGACUUCCACGUUUUUGGGCAUGUUGCUCUUCCGAUACAAUAUCUUACCAGAGCCAUGGUUACAGCAAAACGGGGGAAAGAAGAGGUGGACUUCAGAGUAGGCUGGGCCUCAAUGGACUUCGGUUUCACCGGCAUCUGGCAUUACCGGUCACCCGUGAACUUUGUCUACGUGUACAAACUGUACACUCCCUUAGAAGGGUUUGAAGAAAAUGGUUUAGUGCUCAAGAAUAUAUACGGAGAUGGGCUGGAUUUGGAGUUGUCUAUACGAUUGUCUACACAUAAGUUCGGCAUAGCAGUCCUAUUCCUCGACGAUGGCCAAGGCAUCAUCGAUGUUUUAAGAGAGCGUUUCCACCCGACCAAACCGGCCCGAGAUGACGUCAUCAUCGAAAACUUCGACACCACGGCCAAAGUCACCUUAGACACGUUGUACUACCCGACUGUCACUUUCCAUGCGCAUAUUAUGAAGUAUGUUGGCAUAGACGAGGAGGACAUAUUGGAAUUGAACGCGACGCUGCAUCUACCUGACAAGCCUGCCAUCGUUCUUACGGACACAUUCGUCUUAGUGGGCUUAUCGGAAAUGACGAACACACUGAACCUGGUGACUCCCUUCCCGGCUGUGAGAGAGUUGAAAUCAGUGUACACCGUCGACAUAACUAUUGGGGAGAGGUUCAACAUCACUUGCUUAGCAUUGCUGUCCAACGGCACUUAUUGGCAUGAGAUAUCCUCAAAAAUCUACUACGAAUACGAAUCCGGCGAGGACAACGCAUACCGCUCAUACGUCGCGUCUCUCGGCAUAAUAACGCCACUACGACAACUGCGGGCUUUAGAAGCUCGCGUGGCGGCGCGUUUAGAAGACGCUCUGUGGAAAAUGAGCGCUGCCAUAGCCAUGCCAGAGUGCACUAUCAAUGCUGUAGGACGACUCGAGUUGGACGACCCCUUCAUAGAAACCUCAGGCAGUUUGAACUUAACAUCGGAAUAUCUUGAAGACUACUUCGUUCAGAUGCAGUUCAAGAAGGAUUUCGCUGAUACUGAGAAUACCGUCGGUGGUGGCAUUCAGAUACAACAAGGCGACCAAAACAAUUAUUUCUUCGCGACAGCAAUCUGGCACCCAUCUCCCGAGCGCUACGUCCGCUUCACAGGCCGCUCGGCGUUGUAUUCUGUACUACCUCCGUCCGACGUGUCUCUUCUAUAUCGACUGGAGAACGGUCAGCGCCUGGUGAAUGCCGACGUGAACUGUGACACGGCGCACUACUCGCUACGCGCUGACCAGCGACCAGCAUCGCUGAGCGUGGCUCUUAGUACACCGCAUGAAAACUUCCAAACCAUGAAACUGAUUGGUGAAGUGGAGAAUGACAUCGUCACGGGAUCAUUCGUCACUGAUACCACGGAGUACGGGAUUUCUGGACAAGUUCUCAACCGAGAUCCACUCGAGAUGUCACUAACAUUGGUCCCGAAAGGCAACGGUUCCCCGCUGACAGUUCGCAUGAAGACAGAAUCAUCGGAAACGCUUUACGCUGUGACGGCGCAGUUGGCUGGCGCAGUCACCGCCACAGUACGCGCCCGCGCUGAAUUGGAAGCAAAUUACACCGAUCUUAGCGCCACGAUCGACAUGCCGGAGUCAAAAGGCAAGGAGUACUACUUCAAGUCGCGAGUGGAUUCCUACCCUGACCUCCGACGUGUCAUGAAAGUCGACGCAGUUACUCCGAUAAAACGGCUCAGCUCGAUCAAGGGAGACACAGAUUUCCUCUUCGGCCCGAAAACUGGGUACCUUAUAUGCAAAUACGAUUUGCCAGACAUGAAGGGCAACGGAGACUUGAGUUGGAGUUUCCUGAUUGGCGAUCUCUAUAUAAAGGCACUAGGCAAACAGAACCUCAAAGAUAUUAAGAAGAGCGUUGACUUAGACAUCUAUUUUGGCAACAACACUACCCCAGAGGGACUCAUAAAGAAUGAUGCCGGUUUCAGAAUGGAUCUGGACCACAUUUGGCAAAUCGGUGCAAACGCGUCCUUUGGUCUCGCUAUGAACCAACGAAUCAACCUCAUCAUCAAUGCGAUCCUGCCGAAACCUAACUUGGACGUCCAUACGAUCUACGUCGAUGGCAGUGUUACCGGGCCUCGAGGCGAAGGGAAAGAUCUAGUAGCAGAGUAUAGGACCGAUGUUACUGGCAUUCUGACUGGAGUGAGAGGCAAUAUGAUCCUCCUAGACACCAACUUUGACGGCAACGCAACCGUCGUCUGGACAACUGAGGAGCGCGAACACAAGACCAUCAACAACGUCAUAAAUUACCGUUGGGAUAUGAAUGAGACGCGCGAAGUCAAAUACGUAUUAAAUAGUCCGCUUUAUGUGGACGACUCGACGCUUGACCUUUACGGGAUAUAUGAGAAGGACUUCGUCCAUGGAUACCAGAUUGUCAAAGGCGAGAUGCACUACCCAGGCACCACCAAAGUAGGCGAAGUGGACAUCCGAUACGGAGGCUUCCGCCACACAGACGGCCACUUCAACGUCACCACGCCCUUCCAACGGCUGCCGUGGCUCAAAUCCAUUUUUACCGUAAACAACCUAGAAGAGCAAUCAGACAACCACGUGGAACUAUUCUGGCCUAACAAGACCGCCACAGUGAACACAACACACACAUACACGAAAGAACCUGCAGGCUUCAGACAAGCGGGUGUUGUUGCCAUCUCGCUCCCUCUCGCGAGGCAGCAUCUUGUCAACACCGACUAUGUUUACGUACAGGGUGAAAAAGAAAGCACCGGCAACGCGACCGUAGACUUCGACCUUGAGCGCUUCGUCCAAGCAUCCUUCAGGCAGAUACUGAGCAAGAGCGAACGAGAUCUGGACUUGGCUACUACGGACAUCGAGGUCGUCAAUGACCGGAUGCCUGUUGGCGUCAAGUAUAUUCAUGAAUACGAUGACACUGGUAACACGGAUGUAAAACAAGCGACAGUCUUCCAUCUCCAAAACGCCACUCGCUUCAACGUAACGGGUGUGAUGGACGUGUUCACAUACGAAGCUGGCAAGAAACUCAAGCUCACCGCGAUACAUGGCAACAGGACUUUGACGUUUGAGAACGAAUAUGAAGCUAUCGAUAAGGAACUUAAACAGGGCAGCAAGAUCAAGUGGGCAGCUGACACUUGGAUUAACUAUGAUUUGCACGUCACUAAUAUGACUUCGGCCGAGACUGAAUCGCAACAGCUCAUAAUGAACGUUUGGUACCCGCUCCGCACGUUCAAUCUCGUCGGCAUAUACCGCCUACAAGACACAUUACUCGACGGCAAAGCUGUUCUCAACUGGAACGUUAGAGAUGAAAAUAAGACGGCUGAACUGAGGGGAAAAUGGGAGAACCCUCCGGCUGAAGAGGGGAAUAUACAUGCGGUCGAUCUUGCACUUGCUCAUCCAUCCUUUAGGAAGGACGUAACCCUAAAAGGCACAUACAUCACCACGCCGUCCGUAAUGUCCAACCUGUCCGUGGAGCUCCAAUACUCUGACUAUGACAACGAGUACCUGCGCCUGCGCUCCGUGCUCACCGACAACUCCAACGGACCCAUCCGCGACUACAAGUUCGCUCUCAAGUGCACACAUCCCUCCACCAACCUAGACUUGGACAUGAAGUCCGAUAUUAACAUACAUAGUCGGUGGUACUACCUGAACAAUUACUAUAAGUUCCAGAAGACAUUGUUUUAUGAGAAGUUGAGGAGUACGAAGUUUUUGGUGGAUAUGAAUAAGAGUUCGGUGCAGUGGGAGCGAGCAAAUGAAACAUACUUCUACAAAGUGAACGGCAAAUGGGACCUCACAUACCCGGACUACCGUAUCUUUGCGCGCGUCAACAAGCCGACUGGCAACGACACUGGGUUAGCCACUCUUUCUAUGAAGGAUUUGAGCUUGAUUGGGCACUACAACAGUACUGAUGAUAUCUCUUACCAUGUGGUCGGUAUGAUCGUCGACACACGUUCAGCUAAGAUGAACGCAUGGCGUAACUUCGAUGACGUCACCACUGUAGACCUGGCCUCCUACAUCCGUCUAAACCAUUCUCGCCUCCUCACCAGCUCCAUCAUCUGGCGACCCACCAUCUUCAGCGAAAUCAAGCAAUCUGCUGUAUACGGUCUCAAGUACAUGUACGCCCAAAUCAAUGAAACUCUAGUUAUCCUGAAAGAAGCCCCCAUGGAAUCGCAUUUGGCUUUAAGAAACAUCUGGAACGAUGCUAAACCGAGAAUACGAGAUUUCCUCGACGACUUGAACGACUUACACGUCAUCAAAGAUGAUUUAGAUACAUUCGAACAGUACUUAAAUGAGUCUUAUAAUGCCAACGACUUUUACGUAAAAGAUGUAGUCGAAUUCACUUAUUAUGUGCUAGACGAAAUGGCAAUAAGGAAUCAUUUAGAAAGUCUCCCAGGAAUCGUGAAUGACAUGUGGGGUAUGAUGGGAAACACAAGCCAGUCUAUAAAACAGAGCUUAACAUACGUUGUAGACACUAUCAAACAGGCAUAUUCUAACUUCUUAGACUCCGCUAACAAAUUCUUAGACGCCGAUUUCAUGGACUUAGUAUCAUCAAGACUUGAAGCGAUGAUAAUGCAAUAUGACACUUUUGUGAGAGAUCUACAUAUGAAAUUGUUAGAAUAUUGGGAGUCUACUUAUGUUAACGCUACGACCAGACUGGCGAAGUACUGGCAUCAGUUAUUAAAAUCAAUGGAGCCCCUGUUCUUUAAAGUUCUGCAUUACACUGAAUCGUUUGUGUUCACUGUCUGGAGGGGGAUCAUGGAUUUCUUCUACAAGCGGCAGCAGGAGUUGACGGACAAUCAUUACUUCAACUAUGUGUCGACGUUUGGACAGGAAAUGGACAAAAUCUACAAAGAUUUGACUACCAAUGACCUUCUAACGAACAUCAAGAAGUACAGCAGUAAGUUCUGGAACGUGAUCUGGGGUAAGAUAGAGAAGUACAUCCCCUUCAAGGAGGAAUUCGUCCAAUUAUACGCCGAGUUCAAGAAUGGCUGGGAGAACUUCUUGAAGACGCAGCAGGUCGUCUAUGUGAGGGAAAAGUACAAGGAAGCCUACGAACGUCUCAAAUGGUGGUACGACUACUUCAUGAUUGGCGAGGCGUGCGACAAGAUAUUCGACAUCGUCUACGAUAAAGUUACCGACAUGGCCAAGACUGCUCUGCAAUACGAAGAACUCCACCGAACACCAAAGACCAACUUCAUAUUCGAUCCCCGCAAAGGAGAGAUCCUUCUAGAACAGAAACUGCCCAUGUCUUGGCACGCCUUCAACCGAAGCCCCGACUUCACCGAGAUACCCGAGUAUAGAGCUGUGAGGGACUUCAUGGACGAGUGGUUGACGACCAAUAAGAGUAUAUGGUCGUACUACUAUGAAAUCCGGCCGUAUAUGGACAUUAAUAACAUCAUGCCGCCGUUUGGAGGUAUGGCAAUGAUGACCGGCCAAGGCACCCUAGUGACCUUCGACAAGCGAGUCUUCACCAUAUCAGAGCCAGGCACCUUCUUACUGACCAAGGACUACAAGCAGGGCAACUUUACUGUCCUCAUGGAGAGCAACGACCAGGGACGGUACAACCUGGUGGUGCUCACUAACAAGAACUUGAUACACAUCGACCUGUACAAGGAGCAAAUAUCCAUCGGUCGUUCAGUGCCUCUCAAUCUACCAGCGGUUGUAGACGAGUACGUAGUGGACCGCAACUCAGAGUCCCUCACUGUGGAGUCGCAGAAUGGGCUGGAAAUACAGUGCAACUUCAUGUUCCAUACCUGCAAACUGCAGGUCGCAGGCUGGUACUACGCAACCCUUGGCGGCCUUCUCGGCACAUACAACAACGAGCAGUACGACGACCUGCAGCUCUCCAACAACACCUUCACCACCUGCAUCUCCGACCUGGGACACAGCUGGAGUCUAGAACCUUCUACAGGUCUAGUGCCAGUUGAAAACCACGAGGCUAAGAACGACACGGCUUGCGAGAAGUUCUUCAAGAAUAAGGUGUCACCGCUGCAUCCGUGCUUCGCUGUGAUCGACGCGGCUCCAUUCUUGGCAGAAUGCGUAUCAGGCGUGGAAGCCUGUGCCCUCGCCUCUGUAUACAUGGAACUGUGUACGCAACAGCACAUUCCUACGCACAUCCCUGACCAUUGUGUACAAUGCACAGCCCCUCAAGGCGAGGUGGUGGAAGAAGGCAGCUUCUACACCCUGAAGCACGUGCCCAACUCCACCGACGUGGUCUUUCUACUCGAGUCUCACAGCUGCAAUAAGAAUCUCAGGAAAAAGAAGAACAUGGACCUGUUUGUGGAGGCUUUCGAGUUGAAACUGCAGUCCGCUGGGCUUUUUGACAACAGAUAUGCGGUGGUGGCGUACGGCGGCCGCGGCGUGUACAAGCGAGCGCGCGCGCUGUACGUCGGCAACCAGCUCUUCGCCAGCAACUACGACAUCGUCAAACACUUCGACGCCUUCAACAUUGAAAAAGUGGACCUCAUGAAGAGCAAUAGGACCCUCCGUCCGGACGUGUUCUCAGCGCUGAGCUUCGCGACCACGCUACCGUUCCGAGUGGGAGUGGAGCGCACCAUCAUCAUGCUGCCCUGCUCACGCUGCGACUUACUAGCCAUGCGGCUGGAUUAUUCGACGAUUCACCACAACCUGAUGGAGAAUUCGGUGACGCUUCAUAUUCUGAUGGACGACGACUUCAUGCUAUACAAGAAACGAGCGGCCAAGAACCUUUAUGGUGUGGACAACGCCGUAGCAUACACCAACAAAGAUUACGAGGAGCUUAUAGGUGACUCUGCGCUGCGCAAGCAGGUCAAACUACCCAAGGAUAAGUUGGGACUUUGUACGUCUCUCGCUAUGGAAACUAAUGGCACAAUAUUCUCCGGCAAGAAGCUGCAAGGCGACCGCGGGCUGGCGCGCCGCCUAGCCACGGUGCUGGGCGCGCGGGCGGCGCUGUCGGCGGCACCUUGCGCGCGCGCGCCGCGCUGCGAGUGCCGCGCCUCGGCGCUGCACUGCCGGCCGUGCCGCGCCAACGAGCUGGGUCUCUCGUUUUGGAACCAAGACGACUUCGACGAGCUGAUCGACCUCUCCUUGGACCAGCCACUACCCGCGCUCAGCUGACAACUUUAGUAAAUAAGAUUGACGAUCGUAGUUCAUAUAAGACCUUACGGUACUUUGUGUACAUAUUUUGACAUUUUGUACUUCAGUGUAAUGUAGCCAGUAAAAAAAACAAUAUAAUAAAUUAUUUUUGUUAUUUCAA